AUGACAGAGGCAGUGAGAACACCAACCAUCACCUCUGUCAUCAGGAAUUUGUGGAACACCAACCAGUUGGACAAAUCAGACAUGAGUGACUCUAACACAGAGGAGGAGGAAUUUGCAGGAAGGAAACAAUUAUCUAUGAAAUUAAGUGAGACCCUGCGCACGAGGCAGCUGCUCCUAAACUUUCACAAAGGCAAACCUGUUCUGAGUUUAAAGACACCGCGGGACCUUGUCAAAUUUCCAACUGUUCCCCGCCCUCGUUGGCCCGUAGAGUGUGAGGUCAUCAGUGACAUCAUUCAACACAUAGAGUGGGAACCUCCUGAGCCAGAGCCUUUUUAUCAGCCUUUAGGACACGAGGACACACCCAUUGCUGUUGGAGAGGAGCGUGGGAAGGUGGUGUACUGCAGUGACCCAGCUACCAAUCAUCCCUAUUUCACAUGCUCUCGUGUUGGAGGAAGUAGGAGCCCAGUUAAGACCGUUACUUCCUUUGUCAGUGACAUCACUCUGGAGUUUGAGUCACGCUUUGAAAGCGGCAACCUCCAGAAGGCCAUCCAAGUGGGCAUGUAUGACUAUGAGCUCACCCUGCGUACUGACAUGUACACCGCAAAGCACAGUCAGUGGUUUUACUUCAGAGUCAGAAACAUGAAGGCUGGAGAGACGUACCGCUUCACCAUCGUCAACCUGACGAAGAGCAGCAGUUUGUAUUGUCAGGGCCUGAAGCCGCUCCUUUACUCUGAGAGAGCUGCAAAAGAAAACUCUGUUGGAUGGCAACACACAGGCUCCAAUAUCAAAUACUAUCGGAACAGCUGCCAGACUACAAAAGAGAACACUGACUCUGUCACCUUGCACUCACUCACCUGGACUCUUCAGUUCCCCUAUGGCUCAGACACCUGCUAUCUGGCCCACUGCUACCCCUACACCUACUCACACCUGCAGCACUACCUCAGGCGGAUUUCUUCCAGUCCAGCAGUGAUGUCAUUCUGUAAAGUGCGGGUUCUGUGCCAGAGUCUUGCAGGGAACGCUGUGUAUGUCAUGAUCAUAACGUCUAGAGGGGCAGACAGACGCGAUGUCAGGAACAAGAAAGCCGUGGUAGUGACGGCCCGAGUGCACCCCGGGGAAACCAAUGGAUCCUGGGUGAUGGAGGGGUUCCUUGACUUUUUGCUUGGGGACUCAGAUGACGCCCAAGUGCUCAGAGAUAAUUUUAUUUUUAAGGUGGUACCAAUGCUGAACCCGGAUGGCGUGGUGGUGGGCAACUAUCGCUGCUCUUUGGCAGGCAGGGAUCUCAACAGAAACUACAAGACCUUGCUCAGGGAUUCAUUUCCUUGUGUGUGGCACAUCCGCAAUCUGGUGGAAAGACUCGUGGCUGAAACAGAAGUCGUUCUUUAUUGUGACUUCCACGGCCACAACCGUAAAAACAACGCCUUCAUGUAUGGAUGCAGCAGCCGCGACGAGGCUUCUCUCAAACUCCAAGAGAGGGUCUUUCCACUAAUGAUGAGCAAGAAUGUCAGCAAUAAGUUUUCCUUCAGGAGCUGCAAAUUUCGGGUGCAGCGGAGCAAAGAGGGCACAGCACGCAUCGUCAUGUGGAGACUUGGCAUCAGAAACAGCUACACCAUGGAGGCCUCCUUUGGAGGCUCCACUCUGGAUGACAGGAAAGGGACCCAUUUUACAACCCGGGACUUGAAGUCUCUGGGCUUUCACUUUUGUGACACCCUGCUGGACUUCUGUGACCCCGAUCAAACUAAGGUUACAUACUGUUUGAAAGAACUGUCAGCAUUGUUGAAUAAGAAGUUCAAGGAGAGAACUGGUAACGAUUUGGGCACUGACCGAAACAUCUCUGUGUCUGACCUGGAAACGAGCACAAGUGGUUCUAAUAGCUCCGAUUCAGACGGACUUCCUGUUCAUCUACAGAACCAGGUGCAAAAUCCAGAGAAACCAUGCAAGAAGAAAAAGAAACGCGUGAAGAGUCAUAAAGAAAGAGACCAGCUGCAACGGGACAGAGUGAGGAGCAACAUGCAGCUACAAGUCCUGCAAAGCAGCAGCAAACAUCUUGAGUCCAAACUGGUUGAUGACAAGGAAAAAGAGAGCAAUCAAAAUAAGCCUGUUGAGAGUAAUAGGAAGAAAGUGCAGCUCAAUAGCCUGACAAGAAAAGCUGAAUUCUCACCUCCUGCUUCAAAAAAUCCCAUUGAGGCCAGUAAGGUGAUUCUGUGGCAAGGCUGCAAGCCCAUAAAGGAAAAGUGUCUGAAAAACCCGAGCUCCUCACGCCUGCAGCACAAAACGUUUCCACAUCUCAGCAGCGCUCGCACACCUGUGGCUCCUCACUCAGGGGUUGAACAAAAAGAGAGAAAACAGUGGCGAUGCUACUCUCAGUUGCUUCACCUGAGUGUUCUUCCACCUCCACCAAAGGUCAUUCCUCCCGCGCAGUGCCAACCUUGCUCUCCACAACAAUGGCUUUCCUACUGCAGAGGGCUGCCACCAUCCUUUACAGCACCUCACAGCGGAUCUCCAUCUUCUAUGUAUGCCAGCUUGGUUCCAACCGCUGUUCCAACAAAGCACCCGUUGACAACUGUCUCCAGCACCAAGUCCAGCAGUCGGCACUGUUUCAGAAGCAGUUAUUCUCUACGACCCUCAAAUAUUUACUUGCCUGAGGUUUCCUCCAUGUCGAACACAGAAGUACCUGUAACAAAAACCAAGCAGCAGAACAGGGACCAGGAUCUCUGA